GUGGCUCAAUUGCGCCUCGCACGUUGGCCAGGCAGCAGGUCCUUGCGGCAACAACCGACAGCGGCUAGAAUCGGCAACCGAAAAACCGAAAAUAUCCUUCGUGGCCGGCUCGCGAACUACGCGUAGUAAGAACUGAACUGAACUGAACUGAAAGACAACCGAACUCGCAAAAUACGGAGACUUUGCCGGUUCGAUUGUGUGUGCUGUUUGUUUCUUUUUUUUUGCCAGUGCUUUCUCGCAGUUGUUGUCGUUGGGGAAGGAAGAGGGUCCUGUAUCCUAUAUCCCAUAUCCUGCAGCCUGCUGUUCAAGUACAGUAUCCCCCCGGCGAACCGCGUGUUAUUUCCGCUUCCGUGUGCGUGCAAUUAGUGGGCGGCAUGGCGGCGCAGAGCCGCCGCUACAAAAAUCGCAGGCCCAAAUGCUCCAAGACAAUGUCACUGGCGGCACUGAUUUUGGGUCUGGUGGGUCUAACGAUGGUAACCCUGGCAGCCGGAAAUGACGCCAUUUCCGCGCCGAAAGCGGGCAAGGAUCUGCAGCAGCAGCAGCAGCAGCGCCAUCAGCGGACAUCGCAGAUUGAAGAUGAUGGCGGAGCGCGACCGGACAAGGAUUUUGACUUUGCCGCCUAUGUGAAUGAUUUCAAUUUGCAAGAAGAGGCCUCCAUUCCGGAGGACAUAUUUGACCAGCACGACGGCGACAUUGGGGAUGAGGACAUCGAGUCGGCCCACAUUCAAUAUGCUCCAUCUGCUGCAGCUGCCACCACCGCCGAGGAGGUGGAGAAUGAGGAUGAUGAUGACGAUGAUGUGGGUCUGUUGGAGGAGGACGACGAUGCAUCCGAGGCAGCUGAUAUCAUACUUGAAUCUCAAAGGCCCACUUCAAGGAAUUUCAGUGUUUAUCUGGACGCUAAGAAAUACCAAAAUAGCAACAACAAGAAGCGUUCCAUGGAGCAAAAGAAGAACAAUAUAAGCCACCGCAACUACAAAUUGAAAAACAAUAAAGAGAACAAUCACCAUCGGCUAGCCAAGGAAGCUGCCGCCGGAAAAUCGGAAAUGGAAACGGUCCUUGGUGGCGGGACCAAGUUCACUUCCGGCGACGAGCAGCCACAGCUGGAGGAUCGGGAGCAAGUGGAGCAGGAGGAAAACGCGAACUUUGGCAGGCAAAGUUUUGCGUAUAAAAAAUUGAAGAACAUGCACGAACAGCAAAGUCAACAGGACAAGAAGCGUGGCGAUGAUGGCGACGAGGUGGACUUACUAGAGGGCGAAUAUCCGCCGUCCCAGCUGUUUGAUGCUAUUGAAAUAUUAAAUGAACGAAAAUUUAAUAAACCAUCUGCCCAAUCAACGGGCAAGUCGCGACCCCAGCUGCAGAAAAAGGAUAAAGACAAGGACCAAAUGGAGCAGGAACAGGAGCAGGAGCAGGAGCAGCAUAAGUCCAGACAGGUGGACGAGGCCAUUGGCGAUAUCGAGGACAAUUUGGAUAAUGAUGAAAUAUUGCCCACUAACAACGGUGAGGACGAAGACGAUGGCGACGACGACGACGAGGACAUUAAGUCGGCCAUUGACAAUGAUGAAUUGGCCAAAAAGUACCCAGUAGCCACAUCAACAACCACCAAGGUCCCAACCACUUUGGGUACAUCGAAAACCACCAGCCGGAGCAGCAGUAUCAUCAGCAGCAGCACCACCACCACCACAACGGCAACAUCCACAACAGCAACAUCACCAUCACCAGCGACAACAACGAAACCAAGAGUCCCAACACCAACAAUUGGCCGCAAGUUGAAGAGGAAUUUCUUUGGUCUGGCCCAGCCAGAAACCAGAUACUAUGGCAGCUAUGAUAUCGGCAGGAUUCGUGCCCAGACCCCGGAAGAGGAUACCACCGAGGAGGAGAAGGACGAGGAUGUGGGCGAGUUGCACUAUUACGACACCAGCGGUAGCGGUAGCAACUCCAGAAAGUUGGUCAGUUUUGAUCCGGAAAAAUCCGAGGAGAAUUACUUAAGCAGCUACUAUCCCGGCAAAAUGAAUGCAACCGAGAAUAAACAGCAGCAGACACAGCAACAUGCAACACGGUACGUGGAUGACGACUAUGCUGAACAACAACCGCCGGCGGAGAAGUCUAAGUUGGAAAAUCCCUGGGAGAAAUCGGAGGAGAAGCCAGAGGAUGCGGAGCAACUAGAGGAUGGCAAAUUGGAAUCUGAUUUGGAAUCUGCAUUGCAGCGAUAUCACGAGGCCACCACGACCACGCCCACUGUCACCGCCGGCCCCUCGUCGGCAUUUGAACGCUUCAAGGCGCUGCGAAGGAGUCGCCAGCGAACUGGGCACAAGAGUCACAAGAAGCGGUACAAGGACUAUCUGAAGAGGCAGCACCCGAAGGUGGAGGCGACAUCUCCGCCGGAAGCCGCUCCAGCGGCCACCAUCUCAACCAGGCACCUUCAAAAACUGCAAAAGGAGCGGGAAAGAUCCACACACUCUGCACCGAUCUUCGCGAUCGGAUUGCGACCCCAACGACCCUUGGUGGCCACCGGGAAACCCUUCUACGAGGGUCAGGUGAACUACUACGACAAUCAGCAGCAGCUGGAUGUGGAUCUGAAGCACCACACGGAAAUGGAGCGUUUGAUUGCCCAUGACAAUGGCAACUGGUAUCGCCGUAUUAGUCCGGUUUUGCGAAAUGGCGUUAAGAGUGAUCCGCCGGUGAAGGAUCACCACCAUCAUCACCAUCACAGUGGCCAACAUCUGGGCAACCAUCAUCACCACAGCCACCAUCAUGGUUACAAUCACAAUGGGGCGCACAACCACCAUCACCACAGUCACAGCCACCAGAAGUUAGGUCAUCUGAAAUCACGUCCUCGUAAUCCCUAUCAGCGGAAGACUUCUGUGGGAAUUGGUGCCCCCAGUCCACCACCACCGCCCACGCCACCGUUGCCACCACCGAAACCUCAACUUGGUCAUCAAAUAACCGAACUGGAACAUCUCGAGAGAUACUAUGCCAAGUGGCCCCAUCUAGCCAGGGUGCAGUUCCAGGUCUACGACGAGCACUAUCGCGAAACGCAUCCCGAACUCUAUAGCGACUAUGAGGAUGACUAUGAGAGUGCUGCGGAACUGGAGGAGGCGCAGCAGGAGCGUGGUGAAGAGGCCAAUCUGCCACCCUAUAUCAAGAAGUAUAAUCGGCGGAACAAGCAGUUACUCAAUCUACUGGAGGGCACGCUACCCACACCCACUCUGAGUCCUGGAAAUCCUCUGGGCAGCACCGAAACUGUGCGACUGGAUGAUGAGUAUCUGAAGGAAAAGAGGCGACGUUACCACCAGCAUCAGCGUUUCGAGGAUUUGUUUGCCCAGCAAAAGAGCAGGUAUAGUACCACUCAAUCGACGCCCAAAGAGGAGGUUACCGAGGUUACCAAGGAUCAGUUAUCAAACCCAGUGACUUCCACAACAUCACCCAACAAUCAGUUGCCCGAGGAAGAUGCAACCGUUGUCUCUGGCGAGGAAACCGAUCCGGCACCCGAAACUCUGGACUUUUGGCAGCGGGAAAUGUCCAGUAAGGCGGGAAAGACGCGAAGCAAUCAACCGGGCGGUUCAGUCUCAACAACCACGCCGAAACCAGCGCUCUUCAAGCUCCCAUCGUAUCCAGCCAUCGCCGGCAGCUUUCUGGGCACACCGCGCAGUCGCAGCCGGAGUGCCCAGUUCGUGGCGAAUGUGGCGGGCAGGGGUCAAAGUAGUUGGCCACGUUUGGAGACGGGCAAUUCAACGGAAAAGCCCGCUGGCGGAGGAACCACCGAAGGAGGAGCAGCCGGAACAGCCGGCAGGGGGACAGGUGGUGGAGGAGGAGGAGGAAGAGGAGAUCCAUCCCCUCUGAACUCCUUUGUUUACCAUCGCGUGGUAGAUGGCAUUGGCGUGGGCGGAGCAAGUGGACCCGCCAUUUCCGGCUUCGUCGGCAGCAGUAGAGGUAAACAGUCGCGUCUGCCAUUCGUGGCCAUCACGGAUCGGCGGCUGGAGAAAUCGCUGGCGGAGCGACACAAAGACUUUGAGCAGAAUCACUUUCCGAUGCCUUAAGCCGCGAAUUUGUGCAGCAAUGGAAAAGCUGGAAAAGCUGAAGAUUAAGAUGAAUGGUAAAGGAAAAUUUAACGAUGAGUUGGUAGCAACGGAUGGAAAGGGAAAUUAUCGACAAAAAAGAAUAAAAAACUCCUAAGGCAAAGAGCUUUUAAAUAAUUAAUAUCAGUAUAAAGUUUUUUUUUGUCUGUAAAAUUGAGAAUUCAGUAAAUUGAAAAUGAAAAUUGAGUUGAAAACUUCCGACUGAUAUUAUAAAAAUUAGGUUUUUGUUUCGUUUAAACCAAAUAAAAGUAAAAUUCCUAGGAAAACCCUUUCGAAUUUCAGUUUUUGAGCCACUUUUAACCGAUGCCACCUUCAAAAAAAAAAUGCUAUUGAUAAAUGUAGAUUCCCCUUUCCAGACUUGUUACCAACCUAAAAUCUAAACAUAAUUCUAGAACUAUAUUAUAGUCGCCGCUUUCGGAUGUAUUAUUUUUGGUGUUUUAUGUUUUACACGGGAAAGGCAGAAUCGAAUCAAAGGAUAUAUAGAGAUAAUUGUCGAAAACGAUUUUUUUUGUGUGGUGGAUAAUUAAAAAAAAACAUUAAACGAUAAACGUUAGAAAAAGAAAACGAUUAAAUAAAGUAAAAAAAAUGUAAAACUAAAGUUAAGCGAAACCCCUUUUUUUGUGUAUAAAUAGCGAAAACACUUGUAGACAAACACGUACACAUACAUAAACACGAAUACACACACACAGACACACUCAAAGAGCUGUUAGAAAUCAAAAAGUGAUAACCGACAAAAAUAUAAUCAUUUUCGCCUUAGUUUCGAUUGGAUAUUAUUUAGUUUUAGAAAGCAUUGCUUUUGUGUAAAGUAGCUGAAAAUUAGAAGAAAUUGUUAGCAAAGAGCCACUUCAACAGUGCUGUCUUGAGCCGAGAUGAAAAAAUUAGAGAGUUCAGAAAAAAAAAAACGUUGAAAAGAAUUAUUAUUAUAAACAAUUUGUUACGGAUUCUCAUAAGUUCGAAGUCCAGAAUGGCAGCACUGAUCUCCACACACAAGCACACUUAAAGCUUUCCUAUCGCCCUUGCACGCAAAAUCCAUCGAAAUAGGUUUCAAAAUUAAAAGAGAAAAAAAUGAAAGCAAAAUAAGCAAAAAUUCAAUUCGAGCAGAAAACAAACGACAAUGUUGCACAAAACUACAAAUAGUUGACGCAGAAGAAAAUGUAUAACUACAUAUCAAGGUAAAGAAGAGACAGUUAUAGAUGUCAAAAUCCUUUUUUCAAACUCAAAAAAGAUACUUAUAAGUUCCGUAAUAACGAUAAGUUUAUUGACAUUUUGUGAAUAUUUAAGUUCAUUUGAAAGUAUUCUUUAAAUUAUUUUGCAUUUAAAAGUACGUUAAAAUAUUAAAUUGAUUUUUGAAAAAUAUGUAAUCAUUUUAACAGUCAGACAAAAAAAGGAAGAGCUGGAACAGAAAAACAAGAAAUAAAAGUGCAAAGGGAAGAAGAUUGAAAUCCUGGAAGAUUUUCCCCAAAAACAAGUCCAAAAGUUAAGAAAUUAAAUAUACUUUGUGUGGACAAAUCAAAGAGAGAAAGCAACUAAGUAAAAUGCAUUUCCACAGCUUCAGCCGAAUUACGAGUUUAUACACACGCACACUGACACAAAGUAUGUGAGCGGAAAUGAAAAUUUCAUAAGCAAGGCGGAUAAAGGAGCGGGCAAAAGAGAGUCGUCGUGGAGAAAGAGCGGAAGAGAGUGCAAUGCGGUGUAAUUAACAUAUCAAAAGCGAAACGUGAAGAGGAAAAAAAAUGGCAAAAAAGCGCCAAGUAAUUAAAACUAAGCGCAGUGGCAAAAUUAUUCUUAAACUGGAUUCAUAAAAGUAAUUUCGUUCUGAUAAGAGUAAUCUUUCUGGCUCAACUUGAAACUUUCAACUUUAAGCAGUUUGGGUUUAAGGAAAAGCGAAACACCGAUUUCGAUUUUCCGGAUUCGCAGAAUCGUACGCCGUUUGUUUGUUGUUGUGCAAUUUAAUUGGAAUUUGAGUUGAUAUAUAUAAAAAUAAAACAGGAGAAGUGAAGGCAGAGCGUAAAAACCUUCAAAGGUAUCAGCUUAUCAAAAAAAAAAAAAAAUACAAAAAAAAGGAAA